CCGAUAAAGAAGAGGUAGUACAUAUACGUGCCUGGGUGAUAUGUACCUGUUGUAUAUUAACACAUUAACGUGGAUUUUUCUCUUAGAUUAUCACAAAACGAAUUAAAAGCGAUAUGGCCGAGGCAGAAGAAAACAAAGAAGAGUUUUACCUAAGGCUUUUAACCUUUGUCAUUGGACCAGCUACAGAAGUUCUCCAACUCUACUUCGAGAUCAAAGUUUUAAACUCGUUGGAUUUUUUUAUGUUCUUAGAAAAUCAUAAGCAUGUCUUGUUUCAUGAACUAUAUCCAUCUAUUUCAUGUUGUGAAUGUAAUAAAAUUUCAUUAGCAGCUCUACAGAAAAAAUGUCGUCUUAAUGAUUCUCAGUUUAACACAUUGUUUGAAACAGACGAAGGACUAGAAGUUCAAGAUCAUAAAAGAAAGCACGGACAAACGAUAAAACAAUUAUGUCUUUGCAGUGUUUCAGCAAAACGAACGACUUCUGUGGACUUAAUGGAUAUCACACUUUUGUCUUCUGUAAUUAAAUCGUGUUGUCAACCUGGGUCAAUUUCUGGAAACCCAAAGUGGAUAAAGGAUAUAAAAAAGACGAGGAAUUUCAUUGCUCAUUCUCCAAGAAAUAAAAUUACUAAGUCCGAAUUCGAUCAAAAAUUUGCAUUAGUCGAACAAUCAGUGUUGAAUAUAGCAAGUGUAGUUGGACCUGUAUUUCUAAAAAUGAUCAAAGAUCAAAUUUCUAUUUUCAAAAAUAGUGAUUUGUCGGCAAUUAUCGAUAAAGAUCUAAAAAAGAACAACAACGACAGUAUCCAUAUGAUUCUUGAAAUGUUCGUAGAAGAGCAAAAAAGCACUCUUGCUUCAUUUGCAAAUCAAACAAGGAAUUUGGUAGAUAAUACCAAAGAAAUAAAAAACGAGGUAUUAAGCCAUCUUCAAGAACAAAAAGAUCUCACUAUUGGCAUACGCAAUAUUGUAUUUGAGGUUAAAACAUUGUGGAAAGAUGAACUGUCUAAAGCAAGAGAUCCCAACAAAAAAGGACUUUCGCAUGAUGAUGACGUUUGCUAUGUAGAAUGGACACUGGCAACACCCGGUAACUGGGAUGUAGAUGAAAUCAAGGAAACACUGGAAAAUUUUUCAUCUUUAAUGGGAAAAUAUUUCCGUAUUGUGUUUGUUUACAAGGGAUCACUAGUAAUUCAGACUACAACUGGGUUACGUUUCCUGCAAAGCGACGACGAAUUUCUACUGGCUGUUAGAUCAUUUUUAAAAGAUUUCAUUGACAUUUGUAAUCUUGAUACGGAUACCAAAACCAUUGUUCAAGUAAAAAUUACGAUAUCCAAGGUGAAAUUUGAAUCAAUUUCAGAAUACUUAGUCUCAAAGAAAAUGGACACCUCAUGGUCAACAUGCGAACUAUGUUCUGGUAAAAAUGUUAUAUUGGAGGCAAUUCAGUUUUGCUCUGAAUGUCAAUGUAAGCUUUGUCGGCAAUGUUUAUCAAACCACAACUUGAAUGCAGCAUUCCUCGAGCACCAUUUGACUGAUAUUGGGACAUUAUCUCUAGAGAACUUUUGUACUAACCACGAGGGCAGCAUUCUCGACUUCUUCUGUGUUGUACAUGAUUGUUUAUGUUGUCUAUCUUGUAAGACCGAAGAACAUAAUUCGUGUCAAAAUGUGCUUCCUUUAGAAGAUGCAGCAAAAGAUGUAAAACAUUCAGUUAUGUUUCAAGACGUAUAUAAUGCUGCAUCUAACAUUAGAACGACAUUGAAUAGAGCAAUCACAAGUCAAAAUGUUAAUAUAGACAAUCUUAAUGCUGAUGAAGCUACGAUUUUAAGUCAGCUUGCGAGUAACAAAGCUAAAAUAAUUAAACGAUUAGACGACCUUGAAGGAAUAAGUAUACUCGAAACUAAUUCGCUAAAGAAUGAGCAAAGAGCUAGAACUGAAUCACAUAAAAACAGUUUAUUGCAAAUUAAAAGACCAAUGAAAAAAAUAUCAAGGAAAUUAGAUCAAGUAUCCAAGUAUGGUUCACAAAAACAACUGUUUGUUUUGAUUAAUAAGUAUAAACUAGAAAUCAUUGACUUGGAGAUCAAACUUCAGAAGAUCUUACCAACUCUUAUGACAAGGAGAAUGAUAUUCAAACCGCGGGAGGGUAUUCAAAAUACAAUAACAUUUUUAGGACCAACAAGAGUUAAAACAUUGCCAUACAAAGCAGCUUAUAAGCCCCCAAAAAUUCACCAAGUUCAGGUUCCAUCAUUAAUUCCUCAAAUGCCAUCGAAAUUUAGAUUUGAACGUAAAAUAAAAAUCAACCGAUCUGAUGAUAUAUUGAUUACUAAAAUGGGUAUUACAGAUGAUAACCGUCUACUACUUUGUAAUAACUCUGAAACCCACCUACUAGUAUACAGUGUCAGUGGAGAUUACUUACAGGAUUGUGAGUUGUCAGGUAGAUCUCGGGAUAUAGCUGUUAUACCUGGUACAGAAAAAGCUGUCGUUACUUUACCUUUUGAUCUUUCUAUACAAUAUGUCGACAUUAAAACAAUGAAAGCUGGUUCUCUGUUUUCCGUACCUUUUGGUUGCCGUGGUGUCGCUAUUGUAAAUGAUAGGAUUUGUGUUGGUGGAUAUAGUGAGCGUGGAAAUAUACGCAUACUUGAAAUGAAUGGGAAACGUAUAACCAAAAUGAAGAUACCGAAAGCUGGUUAUAUAACAAAUCUACAUCCAGGUCCUGAUGAAAGUCUUUACUAUACUGAUACAGAGUAUAACGCUGUAUGUAAUAUCAGCUUGGAAGGAAUACAACGAUUUAGAUAUACUUCAGCAGAUCUCAAAGGACCAAAUGCAGUUACUACCGAUAAAAAAGGUAAUUUGUACGUGGCGUGUGAAGGUUCAAAUCAUAUACAGCGAAUUACACCAAACGGAGAAUUCAUUGAUAUCAUCCUGGACACAGAAAAUGAUAUAUGCAGUCCUACUGAAAUUAUUUUUAGUAAUGAUUAUGGAAAGCUAUUUGUAUUGAAUCACGUCAAAAAUACCACAUAUGUCCUCGUUUUCUCAUGUUCAUAAGGAAGAUAAUAUUACGAAGACAAAAGAUAUUCCGUAUAUGAUAUGUAUUAAGAAAAUUCCAAAAAAAUUAUUUUACAACUUUCUUGCUUGAUAUAAUGUUUUAUCCUUACGAUACAAGUUCCAAAUAGAAGUCAUGCAAACAAUCAGUAAAUAAUGCAAUACACGUUCUGGAAUAACCGCCAAUGCAAACAUUUGGAGGGAAAAAACACAUAAAUUCUUAGACACAACAUGCUAAAUUAGACAGGUCGUCAUAAAAGUACGUCAAAUUCAUCUAAGAUUGGUCAUUCGAGUGAGAUUAACGGGCCUAGUUUUAUUUACUUUUAAUCGUUUUUAGUUUUUUGAACUGUCAAUCAUAUGUAAUGACAAAUGUAAGAAUUACGCCAAAGUGGACAAAAUCAACAAAUACUUUUAGUCACCACUUCGGUGUUAUCAUGUAUAUCUAUUAUAUAGUCAUUUUAAUAAAUUUACUGUUUGCAAAAGUAUGAAUUAUUCUAAAUACUAAGGAUUUUCUCAAUGGUCUUCAACUUUGUACUUGUUUUGGCUUUCGAACAUUUUUGAUCUGAGCGUCACUGGUUAGUCUUGUGUGGACGAAACGCGCGUCUUGCGUAUUAAAUUUUAAACCUGA